AUGAAUGUCUUAGACGACGAUCGGCUGUCCAACAGCUCAAACGACUCGGACAACGAUAAUGAUAACGACAAUGACAAUGAUAACGACCGCAUUGAUCGGGACAAUGACGCCGAUGAGGCAAUGGAAGAUGUAGACGAUAAUGGUGAUCAAGACCAGGACGCAGAAGGCGACGACGAUGAUAAUAACGACGAUGACGACGACGACGAUGAGAAUGGUGACGCAAACGAUGAUGGAGAUGCUGAUGGCGACGGCGAUGGAGACGAAAGCCAACCUCCUGCUACCGACUCUAAUGACCAGACGAGUGCCCAUAUCAAGACAGAACCCAAUGGUGGUGAUACCGAGCGCGAAUCUACCACGCCCUCCCCGGGCUCGCACAGAAAAUGGCCUCAGCCUCGACCAGAGGUCAUCAAUGCCCGCCUUUACGACAUCGUACCGACUAUGGCAGCACCUCAGUCAACCAGUGUUAAUGCUAUGGCCAUCACACCUGAUUUGCGAUAUUGGAUCACGGGAGGUUCUGACGGCUACAUCCGCAAAUACGACGGUCCCAAUACCAUCAACGGAAAGCUACCUUUAACCGUAGCUCAGAGACAUCCUUUUGUGGACAGCGUUACAAAAGCUGGCAUCCUCAUGUCAUACUGGGAGAACGAAGAGCCUGCACCCCCUGGUCGAGGCGACCAAGAACACAUACUCUCUCCUGUUUACUCCCUUGCUGUCCACUCUGAGGCUCUGUGGCUUUUAUCUGGUCUCGAGUCAGGCGGUAUCAACUUGCAGAGCGUUCGACAUGACGAAGGCAAGCGGAUCCACUGUCUACAACAGCAUACCAACGCCGUGUCCGUCUUAACGUUGGCACAGGAUGAGAAGAGUGUUUUGAGUGGUGGUUGGGACAAGAACAUAUACGACUGGGACUUAAACACCGGGCAGACAAUCCGUAGUUUUGACGGCAAUGCUGGUCAGAUUUCGGCCCUCGAGCUGCGGCCUGCUAACGGAGCCCCCAUCCCUGAAGACGAUGACGAGCCGCUGCCAUCCACGACAAUGGCCACCAACAACGGAGCUCCAGUUGCAAGCGGGAGCUUUACAGAUGGACUAAAUCAAGAUGGUGUAGACGACAUGAAUGCCGAUUUCAACCCCGACGCCAACACCGGCGAUGGCCAAGCAUCUCCUGCUCAUGAUAGUCUUUUUGGGGGAAGCGAUGCAGGAAGUCUAUUCGGCGAAACAAAGGAAGAUCAGCCCUUUGGGCAUGAUGACGAUGAGUUUGGUGCUGGAUCCAUGGACAUGAUGCCUGGUCACGGCCACGACAGUGCAAUGGACCACUCUGCAGACAUGGCUGCUCUCGAUGCAGGGAAAGAUACGGAAAUACAACCUGCUCCCGCCGUUGAACCUCCUCCGCCAGACACAUCGCAGGAUGCAGCCGACGCUAUGGACGUAGAUCUCGUUCCUGCUCCAACACAAAACACGGAGCCUUCUCAACCAACACAGGAUUCUCAACCUCCCGCAUCUCAAGAAGGCCCUGCUUCACCAUCUCUCAUGCUCACAUCACCCCACGCCCCAACGCAGCACGACCCCACACAAACAUCUCCAACAACUUUCCUCUCGGCCGCAAUGGAUGGCUACCUUCGCAUAUGGGAUAGGCGCCAGCCCGAUCCUGUCGCGCGUAUAGGCACUCGUAAUGGUGUCCCGCCCUGGUGCAUGGGGGCAUGUUGGAGUCCCUCUGGCAAUGCCAUCUACGCAGGUCGUCGUAACGGCACAGUCGAAGAAUUCGACAUCCACAAGGCAAAGAGAAACUGGGAACCCCAGAGAACUUUCAAGUUCCCUGCUGGCAGUGGAGCUGUCAGCGCCGUAAGACCCAUGGUAAACGGCCGUCAUCUCGUCUGUGCCUCACACGAUAUCCUUCGCCUCUACGACCUCCGUGACACCCGUGCAUUCAAGCACUCCACUGUUCCCUUUCUGAUCAUCCCUGGCCCUCCCCGUGCAGGUGUCAUCUCUAGUCUUUACAUCGACCCGACCAGCCGCUUCAUGCUGAGCGCAGCAGGUACUAGAGGCUGGGAAGGCACCAGUACUGAGGUCCUUAUCGGCUACGAGAUCAAUGUCACUGAUGGAUGA